AUGGGCACAGAAAUACCCAACAAUGCAUCUACAUCUCUCCCUAUAGCCACGGCCGAGUGGAAUGAUGACAUGGAAAAGAUACAAAUCACUAGUGGCCCUAAGAUUUGGGAAGAAAUGUCUCAUCUCGCAUGGCCUACAAAUAGUUUAAUUCCCCUGCUUCUCGAAGCUCGCAAAUUUAAAGAAGAAGGGAGGAUUGAAGAAGCACGAGAGGUUAUCAAGCGUCUUGAGAAUACGCAGAUGAUCAGAAAAAUAGAGCAAGAAGAGGAAUCGCGUUCGAAGGGUGAUGGGGAUGCGGAAGGGGAAGGCUGGUUGGUAGUCGAUGCUAUGGCUGUGAUGGAUGAGAUGUGUGAGAUGGAUAGGAAUCUCAAGCAGGAUGAUUGUACAAAGAGACAUAAAACAGAGAAAGGAUUAGGGAAGUGCAAUGUGUCAUUUGCUGGUAUGGAUUGUUGGUCGAGGUUGUGGAAUUGGUGCUUUGCACAAAGGAACUGA